AAAUUCCUUUACCAGGUUUCUCAGAUCUGCUGGUGACCAAGGGGCAUGCACUGUAACCAACUGUUCUGCAGCCCCAGGCAAUUCUCUUAAAGGAGCCUGGAGUGUCUGUGCCUGGAGUCUAGUAAAAUAAUGGGCACCUUCCUCAGAAGGACCAGGGUCGGGCGAGCUACUGGAAGGAUCAGAAUCAUCCCUUUGUGUGAAGAGGAGGAUUCUCUCACAGGAGAAGAAAGAAUCAUUCGUGCAGUUGAUACACGCAGCGGUGAAACUGGCACUACCGGGUGAAGCUCGCUGGCAGGCACAGCCUGCAGCCGUGGAAUGUUACUGAAAAAAUCUACAAUGUCCUCAGCAGCCUCCUCCUCCUCACUUUCAGCCUUCAGUAAUUGGGGAUAAAGGGGAGCAGAAGGAAUUGCUGGAGCAGGAAGACAGUCGGAUGCCUUACAUUUAAGUUUUAAAUCCUGUACUUGGGUUUUUAAUUUUUCCUGGGAGUCCUUUAGACUCCGCACCCGAGACUCAUGGAGUCGCUUUGUUGCUUCCUCCCACCAAUAGACAAAUUGCUCCCACUGCGUAUCAGAGGCUUUUGGUGAUGCAAGGGUUUCUCUGAGAUAUGGUACUCACGGGAGAGGCUAACGAGGAUGGCCACGACCCUCCUACACCCUUCAGCAAAGAGCGUCGGCUAGUCUCAGAGAGACGGCGCCGCUUACUCUGUUGCAUCCAGUGAGAUGAUCAGACUGUCAGUGGCUCACACGGGGAGGGAAGAUGGGUUCACACACUCCUAGACCCAGGUAGCUUCCUCGCUGGACGAUGCCAGGCCAAGUCAGCCACCGUGGGCAGAAUCUUCUAAAGAUCCUCUAGUUACCGGGCUUGCAUUAGAGUAGUUCUGGUCACAAGCCAAACGACUUCGCAGAAUACUCUGGGCGUCUUCCGGUAACUUUCAUUCACACUAGUGUACACACACACACACCAAGGCCUUUAUUUCUAAAUACCACGAUGCAUCUGUACCUUAUGUCCGGACUCUAUACACUAUGAGAUGGUAACAAUCCCUCUUGAGGUGGUAAAAAAACCCUUAGCACCGGUGCAUACCUAAUGCAUUUCCCUUAGGCAUUAACCUUAUUGGGGGCGGCCAAACUAUAGUCCCCAGUACUGCAUACAACUACCUUAUUGGGGGCAGCAAAACAGUUCCCCAGCACCGCUCUGCAUCUGAUCUUGCUGUACAGUCAAUAAGUUCAGAUGGCGUAAGCCCAACAGGGACAGACGGACCUACAGACAGUCCUUCUUCGACACCCCAACAGAGAUUUCAAAAGGUCUCUUACCUCUAUUGUGGCGCCAUGGGGUUUGAAGGGGAAAGAUCUGUAACAGCUGCCAGUGUCUUCGUGGGCGUUUCCAUCCCAGACGAGCCCCCAAAUUGUUGGAGAAAAACACAGUUCUCACUCUUUGGUUGGGUACAGCAAAGUUAGAUACUUUAUUCUCUCAAGCAAUUGCCUAAAGGGAGAGAGUGCACUAGGACACAGGGUCUCCCCCUCCUAGGUAGGUCUCUCAACAGGUAAACAUUUACAGCAAGCAUUUAUACCUUUGUUACAGACAAUAAUAAGCAACAGCUGCAUUUUGUUUCUACAUAGGUCCUUCUGAUAUUUUGUUUUUCUCACUUAUUUUGACUCUAGUCUACAUUCAAUAUUAUCUACACAUUAUCUACACAAGGUCACAACAACUUCUCACACAGUUCUUUCCCACUUGCCUCACACAAUCCUCGCUUCUACAAAUCUUGCAUUAUUAGGGUUACAGUUAGCCUGACUCUUGCUAACAAAGACUGUUUGCAUUUGAAAUUCCCUUCCAAUUUCUGUCAGGCCUUGCUCUGCUUCCACAGUUUCAAAAAGUAAUAGAAGCUGCUGUUGUAACAUGCAAGCUCUGUAUGUCUUUUAGGCUAACUCAGGCUAAAUAGUGGGGAUCCCUUGCUUAUGCUUCAAAGUCUGGCCCUCUCCCUGAAGUCCAAGCCAGCGUAGGGAUAACAAUUUCUUUUUGUCAGGCUUUUUAUUCCCUUCCUCCAGAGUUCAAGCUGUGAUGGGAUGAGUGUUUGUGCACGUCCUCUCUGAGGGUAUGUCUACACUACGGGAUUAGUCCGAAUUUAUAUAAUUCGAAUUUGGGAAACAGAUUGUAUAAAGUCGAAAUGUAUGCGGCCACACUAAGCACAUUAAUUCGGCGGUGUGCGUCCAAGUACCGGGGCUAGCGUCCAUUUCUGCAGUGUUGCACUCUGGGUAGCUAUCCCAUAGCUAUCCCAUAGUUCCCGCAGUCUCCCGCACCCAUUGGAAUUCUGGGUUGAGAUCCCAGUGCCUGAUGGGACAAAAAACAUCGUCGCAGGUGGUUCUGGGUACAGCCUCACCUCCUCCCUCCCUCCCUGCAUGAAAGCAACGGACGGCAGACAACCAUUUCGCGCCUUUUUUCCUGGGUGAACACUGCAGACUCCAUACCACAGCAAGCAUGGAGCCCGCUCAGCUCAAGACAGCAGUCAUGAACAUUGUAAACACCUCGCGCGUUCUCGUGGAGUUUAUGCUGAGCCAGGACCAGAAAAACAAGGUGAGGAGGCAGAAGCGGCAGCAGCGCAGCGAUAAGCAUGAUGAGGACAUGGACAUGGACACGGACACAGAAUUCUGUGAAACCACGGGCCCCGGUGCGUUGGAGAUCAUGUUGUUAAUGGGGCAGGUUCUAUCCAUGGAACGCCGAUUCUGGGCAAGGGAAACAAGCACAGACUGGUGGGACCGCAUAGUGUUGCAGGUCUGGGACGAUUCCCAGUGGCUGCGGAACUUUCGCAUGCGUAAGGGCACUUUCAUGGAACUUUGUGACUUGCUGUCCCCUGCCCUGAAACGCCAGAAUACCAAGAUGAGAGCAGCCCUCACAGUUGAGAAGCGCGUGGCGAUAGCCCUGUGGAAGCUUGCAACGCCAGACAGCUACCGGUCAGUCGGGAAUCAAUUUGGAGUGGGCAAAUCUACGGUAGGGGCUGCUGUGAUGCAAGUAGCCAAAGCAAUCACUCAGGUGCUGCUACGAAAGUUAGUGACUCUGGGAAAUGUGCAGGCCAUAGUGGAUGGCUUUGCUGCAAUGGGAUUCCCUAACUGUGGUGGGGCGAUAGAUGGAACCCAUAUCCCUAUCUUGGCACCGGAGCACCAAGCCACCGAGUACAUAAACUGCAAGGGGUACUUUUCAAUGGUGCUGCAAGCACUUGUGGAUCACAAGGGACGUUUCACCAACAUCAACGCGGGCUGGGCGGGAAGGGUUCAUGACGCUCGCGUCUUCAGGAACACUACUCUGUUUAAAGGGCUGCAGCAAGGGACUUACUUUCCGGACCAGAAAAUAACCGUUGGGGAUGUUGAAAUGCCAAUAGUUAUUCUUGGGGACCCAGCCUACCCCUUAAUGCCAUGGCUCAUGAAGCCAUACACAGGCAGCCUGGACAGGAGUCAGGAGCUGUUCAACUACAGGCUGAGCAAGUGCAGAAUGGUGGUAGAAUGUGCAUUUGGCCGUUUAAAAGGUCGCUGGCGUUCAUUAUUGACUCGCUCUGACCUCAGCCAAAGAAAUCUCCCCAUUGUUAUUUCUGCUUGCUGCGUGCUCCACAAUCUCUGUGAAAGUAAGGGGGAGACCUUUAUGGCGGGGUGGGAGGCUGAGGCAAAUCGCCUGGCUGCUGAUUACGUGCAGCCAGACACCAGGGCGAUUAGAAGAGCACACCAGGAAGCGCUGAGCAUCAGAGAAGCUUUGAAAACCAGUUUCAUGACUGGCCAGGCUACAGUGUGAAAUAUCUGUUUGUUUCUCCUUCAUGAAUACCUGCCCCCUUUAUUGACUCAUUUUCUGUAAG